UGUUCAUAUCUUUCCGGCAGUCGCGCGCGGACCGGCAGCUCGGAGGUUGGGAGAGUUUGUAAGGUAGCAAAGUGCAAGUCAGUCCUAGAGAUUAGAUCUCGGGUGCGAGUCGGCGGCGGCAGUGGACAGAUCUCGGAGCCCGAUCAACGCGCCAUCUGUUAAGCUCAUUCUAAGCGCAAGUGUGAAGUGUUGUGUGUGUGUGUUUUUUGCUAGUUCGAUUAAUUUCUUCAUUUUUUUGCACGAGAAAAAAAAGAACGCGCGCGCGAAAAAAGUAAAGUGACCAGAGCUAAGAUCGGUGAUAGAUUCCUGCAAGCCGGAAAAGCCAUAAUCGAAAGUGCAGUCGUCGGAAGCGGAUUCAAUCGUCGUUUAAAAUUCCUAUCAAUGCGGUGCCAGUGAGCAGUUUUGCAACUCGAGUGAAGUGGUCAGUCGGAAUUGUCAACCUUGAAUACUCAUCCCAAGUGGCGGAGAGUGGUGCUUCUCAAAGUUUGGAGGUGUUUUAUGGCCCAAGUGAACCAGCGAUGACAGCCAACUGUUGGAGGAGUUAUUUAUGCCGGUGGCCGUUCCGGAUUUUGGGCGAUGCCCUUCAGCUGCCGUCGGCGUUAUUGCCGGUGUUAAUGCUAGUUUUACUGACAUCGAGGGCGGCGCCGGUGACGGCCCGGACCUACGAAGAUUGCGAGCAGCCGCCGGAAAUUGGCCACGGAAACGCACGGAUCACGGUGGACGAGAGUGAAGAGUUUGUGACGGCCCAUUACAGCUGCGACGCGGGGUACCGGCUGGAGGGACAGGUGGAUUUCCGGUGCGACAUCGAUUCGGACGAGUGGCAGAUUAAGGAGCUGCCGCGCUGUGUGGCAGACUCUUCCGAUGACGGUGGUGGGACAUCACCACAAAAGAAGCGCAAGAAUGGCCGAGUUCAAAACAUCCAGGAGGAGACCGACGUGGGCAGUGAACUGGCCGCCCAGCUGGACCUGUCCUGCAUGGCUCAGGGUCUGAUUCAUGCACCCGAGAUAGACAACGGCUACGUUGUCAAGUACAACAGACGAAGAAAGGACGACCAGGUGUUCCUGGUGGCGUUCUACGAGUGUGACGACUACUACGAGCUGCAGCCGGCGGAAACGGAUCGAUUGUUUUGCAGCGGCAAGAAGUGGGUGGGGACGAGACCCACCUGUGUGUCAACCCGGCCCGCGGGAGAGGAGGACGAGGAAGACGAGGAGGAAGAAGAGGAGGAUUACGAUGAAGAGGAGGAAGAAGAACAAGAGGAACCUGCCGAAAAAAGAGGCCAGGACCAGGACCAACAGUUGCCGUCAUCGGUGGUGGUUCCAUCGACAACACCUGAUGCUCCUGUAAGUCACAGUUCAGCAGCUGCUGCUACAACCACAGAAGAGCUCAGUGAGCCCGAGCGUCCUUCGAUAUCGGAAGAAGUAACAGGCAACCAGGAAGUGCAUCCAAGCGAAACGAACCUUGAUUCGAGCCCCAAAAGUGUUGAUGAAGCCACCGAAAAGCCGGACCAGACGGUGAGUGAAGUGCGGAAAGAAACCAGUGAAGAUGAAGAAAUCGAUGGAGAACCGGAGGGGGAUGAUGAUGGGGAAGAUGAUGAUGAAGAUGAAAGUGAACAGACGGUACAGAUGACCACCAGUACUAGUACAACGUCGACGACCAGCACUACGACGGAGGAGCCUAGAGAAGAGCCCAGCUGUGGGGACAACCGGGGUGGGUGUGACCACGAGUGUCGAGUAAUCUUCAACGAAAACGAUGUGCAGCCACAAAUUCAGUGCUCGUGCUAUCAAGGAUUCCAGCUCGACUCAAAGGAUGGUCGAACUUGUCACGACAUCAACGAAUGCGAACAUAACAACGGUGGCUGCGAGCAAAUCUGCACCAACCAGCAAGGCUCAUUUGAGUGCAACUGCCAGUACGGGCUCCAGAUCGACGUUCUCGAUGGCCGUAGCUGCAUUGAUGUCAACGAGUGCCUGCUGCGAAACGGCCACGGGCCCUGCCAGGACACGUGCAUCAAUCUGUGGGCCAGCUACAAUUGCAGCUGCCAGGGUCUGCCCGGAACGCGUCUGGCUGUGAACGGUCACAGCUGCGAAGACGACGCCGGCGAGUGUCCCAAGGCGGGUUGUUCCCACCAGUGUCUCAGCACGAUGGGCAGGCCGUUUUGUCUCUGUCCGGUCGGGUUGCACCUUGGCGAUGACUGGAAAACCUGUGAAGAUAUCAACGAGUGUGAAGAUCCAUCCAUUGCUGAACAGUGCUCCAAUGGUUGUGAGAAUACCCACGGUUCUUACCGAUGUUUGCCGGAGGACGAUGACGAGGAAGAUGAGGAUGACGAAGAAACUGCGCCAGAACCUGACGUGCCUGCGCCACCCACAACGGAAGCGGUCCCAAUCGAAGAGGAGCCCAACAAUGAAAUUUUGCCGAUUGAACACGACGAUGAGGACGAGAACGAGGACGACUACGACGAGGAAGAUGACCGAUUGGACAAUGAGUUGCUGCCACUUCCGUCUCCGCCGCAAACGCCGGAAAUCGAUCGAUCAAAGAUUGAAGAUAGGCUGAACAAUGAGGUGGAAAUUCAUUCACAGCAUCCCCACCGGCAUCAUCACGGCGAGGAAGAGCUGCUGGAGUCCUCCGAAAAUGAUGAGUUUGACGAAGAAGAGGAAAAUGAAACCGAACCUCCGAGGCCGCCUCAAAUUUCCACCACAGAGUCCGCCGUCGUUGUGGUUUCGACGGCCGCUGGUGGGGCUGACCAGGAUGAAGGGUCUAAUGAAGAGGACGAUGAUGAUACCGAUGACUAUCUGGAGCCCGAGCUUCCGACGACCACCACCACCACCACCACCGUUCGUCCAAUUACCUGCCGUGAGGGGCUCAGAUUAAGCUCAUCCGGUGCAUGUGAAGAUAUCGACGAGUGUGUGGAGCAGGAUCAUGGCUGUGACUACUGCCGAAAUGCCUACGGUGGGUACGAGUGUACCUGUCCGGCAGGUUACGAGCUGGCCGACGAUGACAAGACCUGUCAGGACGUAGACGAAUGCGCGACCUACGGCGAAGACGGAGAAGACUACGAUGAGGAUGGGGAGGCCAAGGUGAGCAUUUGUUCGCACGACUGCGUCAACACGGUAGGUUCGUUCGAGUGCUGGUGUCCGGAAAACUUCCACCUUAAUAUUGAUGGGAGAACUUGUGUGCGGGAUUUCUGCGCCGAUUUGUAUGAGAACCCAAACAAGACCAGAUGUUCCCACGAGUGUAAGGAUGGCACGGAAGGGUUCGUGUGCGGUUGUCCGGAGUUUCACAUCCUGGACGAGUUUGACCAAAAGACUUGCAGGAAUGUGUACAGCUGUGGUGAAGAGUUCAAGAAACGGUGCAAUCCGGGCGUCUGUCGGAUGGUCCAGGGUGGAGACUAUCGGUGUGAGUGUCCCGCGGGAUAUCAACAGCAUGAUCACAGCUGUCACGAUAUUGAUGAGUGCGAGCUGGGACGGCACAUGUGUUCGCACGAUUGCCACAAUACGGCUGGAACGUAUGUGUGCAGCUGUCCACGGGGUCUUAAGCUUUCGUCGGAUGAGCGAACUUGUGAUGAUAUUGACGAAUGUCUCGAACAGGAAGAUGAAGAUCUCUGCGGAGAUCUGGAGUGCUCCAACACUUACGGCAGCUACAAGUGUGUCUGUCCGGAGGGCAAAGAACUCGACGAGUACGGCAUCUGCAGGCAGAUGGAUCUCUGUACCACGGACAACGGAGGUUGUUCACACAUUUGUACCUUCUUCAAUCGGGAAACGUACUGCGACUGUCCGGACAGCAUGGAGCUAGACGAUGGUGGCAAGACGUGUGUCCCAAUAAAUGAAUGCGAUCUGAACAAUGGAGGAUGCUCACACGUGUGCAAUCCAGAGUCGGACACACUUUGCGAAUGUCCGGAUGGAUUCAACCUGGGUUCGGAUGCUCGAACCUGUCACGAUGUUAACGAGUGCCAUGAAGACAACGGAGGUUGCCAGCAGAGUUGUUUGAACUUUGAGGGUGGUUACAAGUGCGGAUGCUUCGAAGGAUUUGAACGGUCGGAUAACCGAUCUUGUUCGGAUGUUGACGAGUGUUCCCUGAACCAGGGUGGGUGUGACCACCACUGUCACAACACGGAAGGAUCAUUCCACUGCUCGUGUCACAGUGGAUACCAGUUGACUGAGAAUAAAAAGUCAUGCUUGGACAUUAACGAAUGUGAAUUGCACAAUGGAAACUGUUCCCACACCUGCAUCAACCUCCUGGGAGGUUAUCAAUGCUCGUGUCCCAAAGGUCAGUUCCUAACAGAGGACGAUCACUCAUGUGAGUUUGUCAACGAAUGCGAGCUAAACAACGGCGGAUGUUCGCACACGUGUCACUACGCCCACGGUGUGGUCACUUGUCACUGUCCGAAAGGGUUCGAAUUGGAGCGUGGAAACUACAAGACUUGCGUGGACAUCAACGAAUGCGGCUGGAACAAUGGAGGAUGUUCGGACUCGUGCACCAACUUAGCGGGAAGCUACGAGUGUUCAUGCCCGAAGGGCUACGAACUUGGAAGAGAUCACCACACUUGUCACGACAUUGACGAGUGCAUCGAGAACAAUGGCAAUUGCUCGAAUAUUUGCAUCAACUUGCUCGGAGAUUACAAAUGCGCAUGUGAAGCCGGGUAUGAACUUGAGGAAGAUGAGCAAACGUGUCGAGAUAUUGACGAAUGUUCAACGCGGUUCCACGAUUGCUCGCACAUCUGCGUGAACGUUCCGGGAACGUUCGAGUGUGAGUGUCCUGCAGGAUACAUACUUGGACGGGACAAGUAUACCUGUGAGGAUAUCAACGAGUGUGAGACCCUGCCGGAUAAGGGUGGUUGCGAACAUCACUGCAUCAAUAUGCCAGGCUCGUACCGUUGCGGGUGUGAAGAUGGUCAUCGGUUGGAGUUGGAUAACAAAACCUGUUCGGAUAUUGAUGAAUGUUCGGAUGAAAAUAAAAAGUGUUCGCAUGAUUGCGUGAAUCUCAAGGGAGGUUUCGAGUGUUCCUGUCCAGUGGGUUUGCGACUAGAUGUUGACGAGGUGACCUGCGUUGAUAUCGAUGAGUGCAAGAUCAACAGCUUCAACGGGGGAUGCUCGCACAUUUGCGAGAACCUGCAUGGGAGUUUCAAGUGUGAGUGUCCCAAAGGGUGGCUUCUAAGCGAUGACCAGGCAACCUGUGAGGAUGUCGACGAAUGUUUGAACCUCAACGGCGGAUGCAGUCAACGCUGUGUUAACCUUCGUGGAGGCUAUAAAUGCGAUUGCAACGCUGGAUACUCGUUGAUGGCUGAUAACAAAACGUGCGAAGUAAGCAAUCCAUGCGCCUUAAGGAAUGGAGGUUGCCAACAUACCUGCAGUUUGAAGAAUGCCUUACCCGUGUGUUCCUGCCGAGAGGGAUACGUGCUGAACAAGACCAACAUGGCCACGUGCGUCGAUCAUGACGAGUGUCAAUCGCCCAACGAUAACAACUGCCAGCAAAAGUGCGUCAACACUGAAGGAUCGUACCGUUGCGAGUGCUUCCCAGGGUUCGAGCGGAACGAACUUGGGCAGUGUCUGGAUGUGAAUGAGUGUCUGGAGAGUAAUGGUGGAUGUAGUAAGAACGCCCGGUGUAUCAACUUGGCCGGAAGCUUCCGGUGUAUGUGUCCUCCAGGGUUCAAAAUAGGCAAAGAUCGGAGGACGUGUUUCGAGAUCAAGGAUCGUUGCAUGAUGUUGAAGGCGCCGAAAAAUGGAGAAAUGCGAUGUUCCAGAUCUCGGCACAAGGCGCAACUGUUCUACCGAACGAGGUGCUCAGUUUGGUGUAGCAAAGGAUUCAAGCUUGUUGGUCCUUCUACGAAACACUGCAACGGAACGGGACACUGGGAUGACGAACGUGAAUCGCUGUGUGUUCCACAAUCUUGUCCGCGUCUGCAUCGUCCCGAGCAUGGAACGAUCCUACCGGUAGCUUGCAUGUCCGGAAAGAUUUUCGCCGGUGAGCGAUGUGUCCUGCACUGUAAGCCGGGUUUCAAACCGGUUGGCAAGCGAACGGCAGUUUGCGACGGCGAGCAAAAGUGGACACCAACACCGAACCUGCAGUGCGUUCCGCAGACCACUCCGUCUCCGGCGCCCAUCAAACCGUACAUCCAGUGUCCGGCGGAUGUGCACGCGGUACUUCCCGUGGGGCAGUACACAAUGAAGGUCAAGCUGGACCAGCCCAAGACAAACGUCGAUUGGUUCCGGUUCGUUGACGCUCAUCCAGCUUGGGGCAAACAGCUGGAAGCGGAGCUACCCGCCGGAGAAACGGCCGUCACCUUCCGAGCCAGGAGUCCCAACUCUCCCACGAAUGACGUGUGUCGAGUUUUGAUAAAGAUAAGGGAACGAAGACCGCCUCAGGUUGUCAACUGUCCGGACUCGUUCAACGUGCAACUGGAACGUCAGGAAACGUCUCGGUCGGUGUACUGGGUUGAACCCACCUUUGAGACUGAAUCCGAGAUCAAGCAGUUGUACAAAUCUCACACGCCCGGUCAGCUUCUGAUCGCGGGAGUUCACUACGUCAAUUAUGUGGCGACCGAUGACGAUGGACUAAGUUCCAAAUGUAGCUUUGGAAUCACUGUCAAGGCAUCUCCUGAGCCCAUCGAGCCCAGAAGGACAGCGUACCGUCCGCUGGAAACAAAUCGGCUGGAGAACCACGAUUCCUACCUAAUUUGUCCGGGCAAGUCACCCAUCCGAAUCGAUUCCAACAAUCCUCUUCACAUUCCCCAAGGUUGCGUCGUGAAAAACAUCCGAAUUAAGCAGAAGCUGGCUCGGCUACGCCAUCAGCAGCAGGUUCUUCAGCGGCACCUGCAGGAACUCGAGGAGGCACCCAACCCGGACCAGUCGCUGAUUCAGCAGCAGCACAAACGAUAUGACAACCUGCUGAGAUAUUAUUCAUCGUGGGACAACGCUUUCAGCCAGCAACAGCAGCAGCAGCAGCAGCAUCCUUACGACCAUAAUCCGUACCAUCAUCAGUAUCAUCAACCAACAGAACCAGGCCAGCCUCAGCGUCGGUGGUUCAAGAAGCGCAGCAAGGACGAACUCGAUAUCAAUGGUUCAAAGGUGGAGAAAUCCAGUGCAGCUUCCGCAACGCCAGCGACGACCGAAAAACCUUGAACCCAGGGCCCUGGCAGCUUUCCCUUGAAUUUUCCUUUCCGCUGACUAAUACGUGAGAGUGUAACCGCGCGAGUGUAAUAUGUGCUUAAAUACUUGACAUUUUUCAUAAUACUCCCUUUUCCCGACUCACUUUCUCCAGAUUAUAUCGCUUUUUUAUGCUGCCAAAGUCUUUUUAAUCGAAUCGAUUGUAUUUAUGAGUGGCUCUUAUGGUAUGAUGAGAGCACGAGAGGAUGCUUUGUUUGGGGAAAAAUCGAACAUUUUUCCAUACUCGAAUGAAUGCGACGGGUUAUAAAUCAGGGACCAGGGAAAUAUACACAGCAAAGAUAUAAUAACACAUACACACACUGAACAAGAGGGAAGUGCAUCUUUCGAAGAUGGCAAACGACUAGAAUUAAUAUAGAUAGCAAGUAAGCUGCUUGGCGCUGCAGAGAGAGAAAGCAAAAAAGUUGAAUAAUGGAAGCGAAUAAAAAGUCGAAAGGAUCUUCGAUGAUAAUGCUGA